CUAAGGGCUCACGGCCGACAGCGCGAAUUAAAAUAUGUAGAUAAAUUAGGUAAUUAGCAAAAAGUAAGGUCUCAAUUAUUUCGAAUUUUAAAAUAAUAGUUGUUUAAUGUGAUGUGAACAGUGAGUGAACUACAAAGUUAUCCGGACCCAUGGGAAGUUCAGGAUUUUCUUUCGUCGGUUUCAAGUGUCGUGCAUAUAAAAUUCGAAGGUACUUAGAUUAAAAUGAUUUGGCAACCGUUAAAUCUGACUGAGGUCUGUCCAACCUACACGCCUCUUGCAGCCUGUUCCCCCUUCGGAUAUAUUUAUUUGAAUCUAUUAGUUCAGUUAUAUGGAGGUUCACGAGAUAAGAGGUUACAUAGAGACUACGGGGAGCCAGACGACAUCAGCAAAGAGUACGAUUUUGUUGUGGUCGGAGCUGGGUCGGCAGGCUGUGUGGUCGCUAAUAGGCUAACUGAUAACCCUGACUGGAAGGUGCUUCUUUUGGAAGCCGGUCCAGAACAACCAAAAGUGACUUUAGUCCCAGGUCUAUCAACUGCGCUGCUUGGAUCUAACGUCGACUGGGCUUACACAACAGAGCCUAAUGGAAAGAGCUGCCUUGCUCAUCCAGGAGGAAGAUGUGCUUGGCCAAGAGGUAAAAUGAUGGGAGGUUCAAGCUCAAUCAACUCAUUGGCAUACAUCAGAGGGAAUAGAGUUGAUUAUGAUGGUUGGGCCGCACUUGGUAACAAAGGGUGGAGCUACAAAGAUGUACUACCGUUCUUCAAAAAAUCAGAAAGAAAUGUAAACAUAGAGGCUUUGAAUGCCGUAUACCAUGGCGUCACAGGAGAACAGUACGUGUCUAGAUAUCCUUACAUAGAUAACCCUUCCUUGAUGCUGACUGACGCUUUCAACGAGAGGGGCCUUCCUCUGACCGAUUAUAAUGGAGCGCAUCAAGUCGGCACUAUGCAGGCUCAGGCGUUUUCUCUAUCGGGUGAGAGAGUUUCAACGAACACAGCCUUCAUAAAACCCAUCAGAUAUAAAAGAAAAAAUCUCACCGUGAAACCGAAUUCCGAAGCCCUGAAAAUACUUAUCGAUGAGAACAAAAGAGCGUACGGUAUAAUUUAUUCCCAAAAUGGAAACAUUUUAACUGCAUUUGCUAAAAAGGAAGUGAUAGUUAGCGCUGGAUCUAUUAAUUCACCAAAGUUAUUGAUGUUGUCUGGCAUCGGGCCGAGAGAUCAUUUAGAAAAAAUAGGCAUACCCGUCGUACAAGAUUUAGCCGUUGGGGAAAAUCUACAUGAUCAUGUAACUUUUAAUGGAGUAAUUGUAGCCCUAUCUAACAAAACAUCAACAGCAGUCAGCGAGGACGAAGUAUUAGAAGCAGUUCAAGACUACGCCAAUAUGAAAAUCAAACGCGGUCCUUUAUCCGGCAAUGGACCGGUGAAUUCCAUAUCGUUUAUUAAGACUGAUCCCGAUUUAAUCGCUCCAGACGUACAAUUUCAAGUAGACCACGUUCCCAAUUGGAGAGAAUUCAUCAAUGAUCCAAUAACAGCGGAAUCAGUUUCAAUUUUUCCUACGGGAUUUUAUGAUGCUGUUUUACCGAGAACAAUGAAUUUAGUUCCUAAAAGUAGAGGCGCGCUGUUAUUGAACGAGUCGGAUCCGAACGGUCCGCCUAUACUUUAUGCAAAUUACUUCAGCGAUGACAGCGACUUUAUACCUUUAUUAAAAGGUGUUAGAUUUCUAUUAUCUUUAGAAAAUACAAAAGCAUUUAGAUCGAACGGUGCAUAUUUUGUUCGGGAGCCAUUACCGGCUUGUAGAGAUCACGUCUGGGGUACCGACGAUUACUACAUUUGCUUAGCAAGAGCAUACACAUCGUCAACAUACCAUCCAGUGGGCACUUGCAAGAUGGGUCCGAAGUGGGAUGAAAAGGCGGUUUUAGAUAAUCAAUUAAGGGUGUACGGUGUUUGUGGAUUGAGAGUUAUUGAUGCUUCUAUGAUGCCGUUUGUUAUUCGAGGAAAUACGAAUGCUCCUACUAUUAUGAUAGGAGAGAGGGGUGUGGAUUUCGUUAUUAAGUACUGGCGACAUCACAGUGAAUCUUACUGUUCCUAUUAAUUACAUUUUACGUAGCACACA